UUCCUUUAUUUUUAAGGUAGGAGCUGACCCAAGCUGCAACUGGCUUUAGCCAAGUCAUCCAGUACUUGCCCCAGUCUCCAGGAGAAUUAAUUGUCUGGGCAACCGUCAGUUGCGACUCAGCCCUCAGGACGGCCAGCACAGCUGCACUACGCCUGCGCCGGCUCUCCUGGAGCAAGCACCGCCCUGUCUGCCAACACAACGCAGCCUUCCGUUGCCAUGGAGCUGCGGACCCAAACUACGCAGCCUCAGAUCCACGGUGGGCGAGAGGCAGCCGGCCGUUAAGGGGACGUCGUUAAGGGGGACAUUUCUGAGGGCCUGGUGCCAAGAAACUGUUUCUCCGGGGCCACUGCUGAGGAAGUUGGCGAGGAGCUGUUUCCGGGUGGGGGGACCCUUCUGCGGGACCACUGCCUAGGGGCCAUUUGGGAGGGGCUGUUGCUAAGGGGCCGUCUUCGGGGACCAUUUUUAGGGGCUGUUGCUGAGGAGCCACUACGGAGGAGCGGUUCCUGAGGGGUCUGGGCAACAGUCCAUUCCUGGGGGACCUUUGCUGAAGUCUCAUCGCUGAGGGACGUUCCUGGACUGGCCAGAGAGUUAAUUUCUGUCUCCCAGUAUGGAAGAACCUACUACCCUGUUUUCCGAUGAGGACCUGGUGGACAGCCUCCCUCCCAUAGACGAUGAAAGAAUCCAGUUGGAGGAUCCAGAGUUUGAGAUGGAACCAUUUCUUCUGGGAUUUGAGGACACCGUUCGCUUAGGAUGCUGCUGUCCAGCAAAAGAAGAGGAGGUGACUGCCGAGAAAACGAAGAAGGCGACCACCAAAGACAGAGUCCAGGCAUUUCACCUUCGGAAAAGCUUGAACCUCCUGGACAAGCUGCAUGAGGAGAAGGACCUUUUUAUUCAGAAGACUCGAGGGGAGCUGCGUGUCUGUCAUCAGAGGAUGGACCUCCUCACCAAACAGCAGGAGAGCUUGGCAGCUGAGAUCGCCACAGAGAGAGAAGCCAACAACAUGGCUGCUAUGGGCCGUCUCCAGGCUGCAUCCAGACGCCUUCACACAGAGCUGGAGAAUGAGAAAGAUCUGCAGUCCAAAAUCACAGCCAUGCUGAAGGACAGCGAGAAUGCCAUGUGGCACAUUGAGAUCCAGAAGGGCCUAUUUGAGGAUGUCCGGAAGCGUAAUGAAGAAGAAGCAGAAGCUAGGCAGCGGUCCCUUGAGAUACACGCAGCCCAACAGCUUCAAAAGGAGAAAGAAACCUUGGAGAAGGUGGAGAGGAACCGUCUGCUGAGGGCCCGGAAGUCCUUGCAUGUGCAGAAGGAGCUGGGGCUGAGACAUCAGAAACUGGUGGAAGAUGCCCAGAGAAACCACAGGGUGGCUGUGAAGUUCCUGAAGGCCUCUCUGGGAAGAGUUCGGGAGCGAGAGCAGAAGGAGGAGAUGGAGUCCCGCAGGCACAUGAAACGGCGCAUGGAUGCUGUGCUGGCACUGAAGAACAACAUCACUGCCAGUCGGGAAACACUAAAGAAGUUCCAAGCAUGGGGCCAAAGCAGGGCAGAGGUGGCUAAGCAGAAGGCCCUUACAGAGAAGGAAGCGAUCCUGGCCCAAGGUGGAGAUGCAUUCAAGCACCUUUUUCAUCAGCGCAGGCACCAGGAACUGGAAGCCCAGAGGCGGGCUUUUGAAGAGGAGCAGAAACUCCGGAAGCAGGAGAUUGUAAGUCGAAUCUUGAAAGAGGAAGCUGAGGAAGAACAUAGGAAAAAGAGACAGCAUCCACCCUCUAAAACCACAGACCAGUGGACUCUGAGAGACAAGACCUGGAAGUAUAUCUCUGACUUUUGUGAAGGGAAGACUGCCAUAACCACAAAUCACCUGCUGGAAAAUGAGAUGGCAUUACACCCCAAGCCUUCCUGUCUAUUGAAAGUCAUAUCCAGUGAGUCCAUGCAGAUGGACCUGGGAAGCAUUAGUACUGAGGAGGAGAUACUGGCUGAACCAGAUAUCCCCGGGCUUUGGAGCAAGGACUACAAGUCAUACCAGGUGUCCAAGGAGGACAUGGAACGGAAGCCUGUGGGUGGAACUAAGAUGGAUAAGGACAUCCUGGCCCGCACUAUGGAGCAGCUGCGCAGUGGGGUGGUCCACAGGCAGGUAGUGUCUGGGCGGGAGUUCAAAGGCCGCCCUUUCAACAGCAAGCCAGAGGUCAUUCACUUCAAGGACUUUGAUAUUGGCAAAGUGUACAAGAAGAAGAUCACGUUGAUAAAUGCUACCUACACAAUCAACUACUGUAAGCUGGUGGGUGUGGAGGAGAGCCUGAAGGACUUCAUCCACAUUGACUUUGACCCCACUGGUCCCAUGUCAGCCGGGAUGUCCUGUGAAGUGCUCGUCACCUUCAAGCCUAUGAUAAAUAAAGAUCUGGAAGGAAAUGUUUCAUUUUUGGCUCAGACGGGCGGCUUUUCUGUUCCACUGAAAUGUUCAACAAAAAAAUGUUCUCUCUCCCUUGACAAGGAGCUCAUUGACUUUGGCAGCUAUGUGGUGGGUGAGACCACAUCCCGGAUCAUCACACUGACCAAUGUUGGGGGCCUGGGCACCAGAUUCAAGUUUCUCCUGGAUUCUGAGUUCUUUGAGAUGGAAGAACCCCAACCCGUCAUGAAAAUGAGCAGCGUCUUCACCUAUGAGGACAAAAGUUUUUAUGAGAAGAUCAUGAACAGUCUCUCUGAGCAACAGCUUGAUGGUGAUGGGUCCUCCCCACUGGACCUCCCAAGCCGAAAAGAAUCUGAGAAACUGGAUGAAGCAGAGGUUUCAGCUGUGGCCAGUGCCAUGACCAUGGUUCCUAGCGAGGAGCAGGCAGAGAUAACCCUGGGAGAGGUAACAGAGGGAGAAAUUGGCCCCUUCAGUUCCAUCAAAGUACCUAUUCUCUUCAACCCAGUUAUCCCAGGAGAAGUCCAGACUAAGUUCAAGGUUAUGUUUAAAAAUUCACAGUGUCCAACGUUAUAUUUCAGAGCCACUGGUAUUGCCGUAGAUGUGCCAGUUUGGGUACCAAGGGCCAUUGUGGACCUGAAGAUCUGCAUGUAUGACCGACUCUACCAGGACUCUAUCACUGUCCACACCAGAUCAAAAGCAGCCCUGCGCCUGAAGUUUGAAGUCUGCAAGGAGCUGAGAGGCCACAUAGAGCUUCUGCCAGAAACUGGCUACAUCCAGGCCCAGUCCUCCUAUUCAGUACAGCUCAAGUUCCUGCCUCGACACUCCCUCCCAGAAGAUGCAGGAAAGUAUUUUGACCAGGACAGUCGUGUUCUGGAGGCUCCGAUGACAAUCUGGGUGGCUGACCAGAUCAAACCAGUGGGCUUCACUGUCCAAGCCAUCGUCACCACCUCAGACUUGGAAAUCAGCCCCUUAGAGAUAAACUUUGGCUACUGUACCAUCUAUGAGGCUAUCAGGACAGAAAUCAGCCUCAGCAACCUCUCACUGUUGCCCCAGGAGUUUGGGUUCGUUGGACUUCCAAAGGUACCUGCUGUGGUCAUCCCGGGGGAUGUGGAGCAGGACAUAACAGCUGCUCUCCAGGCCCAGUAUGUGGACAUCCAGCCCAAUGAUGGGUUUGGGACAAUCUUGCCACUGGAAACUCUGCAACUUGAUGUGAUUUUCCAACCCAUUAAGGCCAAGGAAUACAGAUUUGAGCUGGUCUGCAAAUCCGAAAUAAACCGGUGCUUCAAGGUGUCUUGCCAAGCAGUAGGUGUCCACCCACCCCUGGAGUUGUCCCACUACCAGAUCAAGUUUUCAGCCACUGCCUUGUAUGGCACCACUGUGUCCACACUGUAUGUCAUCAAUUCUCACCUGAGCAUGAACAAACUGAUCCACUCCUUGCCUCGAAUUGGGUCAGAGGAAGCUACCCCAGUGGGACCAACAUCCUUUGAGUUCUUGGUGCCCCCUAAUUCACCCAUCACCAUCUCACCAUCCGUGGGAACCGUGUUACCAGGAAAGAGGUGUUUGGUCCAAGUGGCCUUCCAGCCUGUACUGCCACAUGAGACAAUCCUUGAGGAAGCCAUUCAUAUCCUGAACAAGGAAACAGAGACCAAACUGUUCCGAAAGGAAACAACCCAAAGGAAGGAACAGUGGAAACAGUCUCUGCCUGUGGUUCGGGUUCACAACCGGGACCGACCAACCCGGGCCUCUACUCCCCAUACCCAAGAGCUGCAGAGGCAGGAGCUCAGUGCCAGUUCCAAUGAAUACCAAGCUGCACAAGCCACCUUGGUCAGAACCUUCCAGGGGAAGUUUGACAGGUUUGUAGUGCCCUGUGUCGUUGCCAGUGGUGACAUCAAAGACAGGAAGGCAUCAGAACCUCUGAGCUUCAGCCCCUAUAACACUCUAUAUCUGGAGCUAUGGUGUCCAGUAGUGGCUCCAUCCAUUGUGGUGACAUCUAAUGAAGGCAAGACUGUCGUUAACUUUGGUGAUAUUGCUGUGGGGCAUCGAGGCAUAAAGAAGAUCACCCUCCAGAACAUUUCUCCGGAGGACCUUGCUUUGGAGUUCUCAGUGCUGAACCCCCAUGGCCCCUUCGUCCUGCUAAACCCUACCAGAAAGCUAUGUUCUGGCGAGACACAGACCCUGGUGCUGUCCUUCUCACCCCACGAGAGCAUACUGGCUCAGGAAACACUGGACAUCAUCUCCAAGAGAGGCACUCUCACCCUCACCCUUACGGGCACAGGUGUGGCAUCCAUGAUUACAUGCUCCAUUGAAGGCAACAUCCUCAACAUGGGCUAUGUGCUUGCCAGAGAAUCUGUCUCGACAAAUUUUAAGCUACAGAAUGAAUCCUCGCUUCCCAUCAAGUUCUGGAUGCGGCUGGAGAGCCUCUCCAAAAAAAGGGCUGAGAACCGGCAGCAGCUACCAAAGUUCCUUACCUCCCAUGAGCAGAGGACCGAAAUUGUUGGUACACAGAACCACAAUGGCCAGAGCGUAUUCAGUGUUGUUCCAGUUGAGGGACUCAUGGUCCCUGGGAAGACUCACGAAUUCACCAUAACCUUCAGUCCAGACCAUGAAAGCCUCUACUUCUCCGACCUGCUCCAAGUGGUGCUCUUUGAAAAGAAAGUCUCCCACCAGAUCCUCCUGAAGGGUGCUGCCCGUGAGCACAUGAUGUUUGUGGAGGGAGGAGACCCACUGGAUGUGCCUGUGGAGUCCCUGACAGUGAUCCCUGCCUUCGACCCAGAACAUAGAGAAGCUAGAUCUCCCCCUCCAGAAGCAGAGGAGAUGAAGCCUAUUCUGGUGACCUUGAACUAUGUCCAGUUUGACACAGACAUGCCAACCCCACCUGCUACCCGAGAGCUGCAAGUGGGCUGUAUACGGACCACCCAGCCAUCACCAAGGAAGACUGUGGAGUUCAGCCUGGACAGUAUCCCAUGGCUUCAGCACAAGGGCUUCACCAUCGAGCCUUCCAGGGGUUCUGUGGAGCGUGGUCAGACCAAGACCAUCAGUAUCUCCUGGGUACCGCCUGCUGACUUUGAUGUGACGCUGGGUUCCGCGGACAGCAACUGUGACCCUUCGGACCAGUGCCCGCCCCAGGCCCGCUGGAGCAGCUUAUGGCAUGUGGGGCUUAUCCUGCUUGCCAUACUCCUGAUGCUUCUGUGUGGGGUCACAGCCAGUUGUGUACGGUUCUGCUGCCUCAGGAAGCAGCUGCACACCCAGACACGCAUGCGACCAGCAUGGCAGCCCUGUGAGCUGACAGUCAUCCCUGUGGACAGUGACAGCCCUGCACACAGCACUGUGACCUCCUACAGCUCCGUGCAGUACCCACUGGGAAUUCGGUUGCCCCUGUUCUUCGGGGAGCCAGACCCUGACUCAAUGGUCCCUCCUACCUACAGCCUGUAUGCCUCUGAGCUGCCACCCUCCUAUGAUGAGGCUGUGAAGAUGACAAAAGCCAGAGAGGAAGCAGUGGCUCCCUCUCAGAAACCCAACUCUCUGCCCGAGGCCUUGGGGCUAGAGACUACUCCAGGGCCCCAAGAGCCAGGCCCCAGCACCCAGCAGCCCUAACUGUGCCCCUUUGAAAAGGGCAGGAGUUCUUUCUUGUGGAGCCGUUAAACCAUAACCUGGAUCUGGCACUCAGAACCAAGGACCCCACCUGUGCCAUCCCUCCCCAGGGAAGGCCAGCCAUCCAGCACAUUGCUGCAGACUUGGCCUCGUUGCUAUGCAAUGCCCGGCCAGCCAGCCUGCCCUGUGUUGGCCCCUCCUCCUUACCCCUCCCACCUAUCUGGGGCCCAGCAGACCCUCAGCCCAGAGGAGCCUGAACCUUGAGAGCUGAGGCCCCACUGGCAUGUCAGCCCUUUGAAGAGAGAAUAAAGUUUAUGUGAACAUGG